AUGGUACUAGAUGAGAUGAAAAGGCAGGCAUCUUCUUUUCUACGUGAGAAAUACAACAAUGCAAGGCUGGCCUUGGCCGAUGUUACUCAAGCCGAAUUGUUGAUCGAGGAAGCAACAAAUGAGGAACCAUGUAGCCCUGAUGCUAAAACAAUGACCAAAAUAGCUGAAGCAUCAUUUGACAUAGAUGAUUACUGGAGAAUUGUGGAAGUCCUCCACAGAAGGUUUUACAGCAUUGAUUGGAAGAGAUGGAGGCAAUCCCACAAAUCCAUGGUACUGCUUGAUUUCUUACUUACUCAUGGUCCUGCAGACUUUGCCGAAGAAUUUCAAUUAGAUAUCAAU